CUUGGAUCCCUCCCUCACUCGGAGCACCUUGUUUAUGAAUGUACAAGUAUGAUGGUGAUUGGUAAUGAUGUUUGAUGUUCUUCUCUCUCUGUCUCCGUAGCCUCAUGAGUUUGACGAGUGCCGGUUGGACAUCAGCGUCAAUGAUAGCGUGUGGUAUCUACGUGCUCAGGACCCAGAGCACCGCAACCAAUGGAUCGAGUCCAUCGAGCAACACAGGGCCGAGUCCGGUUAUGGCUCCGAGUCCAGUUUGAGGAGACACGGCUCCAUGCUGUCCCUCACAUCAGCCACCAGCGGAUACUCCGCCACCUCCACCUCCUCCUUUAAGAAGGGUCACAGUCUGCGGGAGAAGCUGGCGGAGAUGGAGACGUUUCGAGACAUCCUCUGCAGACAGGUGGACACGCUGCAGAAAUACUUCGACGGCUGCUCUGACGCCGUGACCAGAGACGAGCUCCAGAGAGACAAGAUCGUGGAGGACGAUGAAGACGGUUUCCCUAACACUCGCUCCGAUGGAGAAUUCCUGCAUAACAACAACAACAGCAAGGAAAAACUUUUCCAGUGUUUGAGUCAUAAAGGCAUUAAUGGGAUCGAUUUUAAAGGAGAGGCCAUCACGUUCAAGGCGACCACGGUGGGGAUCCUGGCCACGCUUUCUCACUGCAUCGACCUGAUGGUGAAGAGAGAGGACAGCUGGCAGAAGAGACUGGAUAAGGAGAUGGAGAAGAGGAGGAGGGUGGAGGAGGCGUAUAAAUCAGCCCUGUCCGAGCUGAAGAUGAAGUCUCACUUUGGAGGACCUGAUUACGAGGAGGGUCCAAACAGUCUGAUCAAUGAAGACGAGUUCUUCGACGCUGUGGAGGCCGCUCUGGACCGACAGGACAAAAUAGAAGAACAGUCUCAGUGUGAGAAGAGCCGGAUACAGAGGAGCAGUUCAGUGCCUUCAGGAGACGUCUUCUCCAGCGUGGGCUCUCACCGAUUCGCUGAGAAGCCCCCCUCUCGUCCUUCCUCUCCCUCUUCUUCUGCUGUAGCCUUCACUCCUUCUCUGCAUGAGCACAGAUUCAGUGCUGAGGUGGAGGAGAUGGUUCAGAAUCACAUGACCUACUCGCUGCAGGACGUGGGUGGAGACGCUAACUGGCAGCUGGUGGUGGAGGAGGGAGAGAUGAAGGUGUACCGGCGCGAGGUGGAGGAGAACGGCAUCGUGCUGGACCCUCUGAAGGCCACGCACUGUGUCAAAGGGGUCACAGGUCACGAGCUCUGCCACUACUUCUGGGACACGGAUGUUCGUAACGAUUGGGAGACUACUGUGGAAAACUUCAACAUCGUGGAGACGCUGUCUGAUAACGCCAUCAUCAUCUACCAGACUCAUAAGAGAGUGUGGCCAGCGUCCCAGAGAGACGUCUUGUACCUGUCUGCCAUUCGUAAGAUCAUAGCCAACAACGAGAACGAUCCCGACACAUGGCUCGUCUGCAACUUCUCAGUCGAGCACGAGAAUGCCCAGCCGAACAACAGAUGCGUUCGUGCUAAAAUCAACAUUGGGAUGAUCUGCCAGACGCUGGUCAGUCCACCAGAGGGAGACAAAGAGAUCAGCAGAGACAACAUCCUGUGCAAAAUCACAUACGUGGCCAACGUGAAUCCUGGCGGCUGGGCUCCUGCGUCUGUCCUGAGGGCCGUAGCCAAGAGAGAAUAUCCCAAAUUCCUCAAGCGCUUCACUUCCUACGUCCAGGAGAAAACAGCUGGGAAGCCCAUCCUCUUCUGAGCACCAGUUCCCCAGUCCUGCUGUCGGUGUGCCGGAGCACCUCCAGUUCCCGCUCUCUCCUCUAGUUUCAGCGCCCUCUAGUGACUCAGAAGACUCAUGGCGUCCCUUCUCCACAGGAAGCCCCGCCCAUCCACAGACGCUUGAUGCCCUUCUGUAGCACCACACUAGCUCACACAGACAGAGGACUAGAGAUGCCACACGCCAAUGUCUGUCCCAUGUCUUCUGCCAGAGAUCUAUAUUGAUAUGAAUAUAUAUGUAUGUAUGUAUGUAAGUAAGCGAGAUGGGAAGAGUUUAUAUAUACCGGAGAGUUUUGAAGCUGAACACGUGAGACCGGCUCGGUUUUAGUCUUCAGCUUUGCUCUCGUUGUCCUCGUGUAAUUGUUGUUUGGGGAAAUCAAAGGCAUGUUUGUGAGUGAACUCUAUGAAGCUGCCUUUCGUCUCCAUGUUGGCCGUCUCUUGAAUGAAGCGCAGCAUCUGCUGCUGACGAGGAGACGCUUCAUUUCUCUCUUGAUUUAGUUCUGUGUCUCGGCAGCUGAUAGACUGUAGCACAAUUCCAGAUCGAUCGGGACCGGAAGAGAUUUUUUAAUAUGUCAGAAAAACUUUGCGCGCCGAUUAUUUGUAUAUAAUUUCAUUAUUGCUUCUUACCUGACUAAUGCGACUCCAUAUGCCUUAGUGUGUGUGUGAGACUGAGAGGAGUGUACCGACUAGAAAAGUGCCUCAUUAUUCAUCUUGCUGAUCUUACCGCCCCAAAACUACAGCCAGAAACCAACCUGGCGUCCUGUAGUGUGCAUACUAAGAUCAUUUCAUAUUGAUUUCUUACCUCAAGUUAUUAUUUAAACCUGAUUAUACAAUCAGACUGAGUCGUCAGAAGAGCUUCCUCUAAUUGGAGGACGCCAAUCAAAUUCACUGUCCAAUAGGGAGAAGCGGUUCAAAUUAGGGGCGUAGAUGAUACGUAGAUGUAGAUCGGGUGAAUUAGUUGCAUUUAUUUAUUUUUUCUUGAUUAAAUGUAUUCUUCUUAAGUGAAAAACUAAAUGUCACGCAUUAAUAAACAAUCUUACAAGGCACAAAUUGGCCUAUUUUUGUCUCAUUUUCCAGUAAAAAUACCUACAGAUUCUUGAAUACAUUUACUCGAGAAGCAGAAUUAAGAUAUUAAGUCGUUUUUAUAGAAGUAUGCUUAAAUCAAGA